GGUUCACUCGUAUUGAUUAUUAUUCUUGCUUCCUAUCGUCAUGCCGGAGGUCAUCAGUCACACCUUGGGUUUCCCCCGCAUGGGAGCUCAGCGCGAGUUGAAGAAGGUGCUGGAGUCCUACUGGGCCGGCAAAGCCUCCGAGGAGGAGCUGCGCGCCGUAGGCAGCGAGCUGCGCCACCGCCACUGGGCGGAACAGGACAAACGCGGCAUGCGCUUCAUCACGGCGGGUGACUUCGCGUGGUACGAUAACACGCUCGCCACGAGCUUUCUCCUCGGCAACAUCGCCCCGCGCCACCGUGACGGCGACAUCAACCUCGACACGCUUUUCCGCGCCGGUCGCGGGCGGGCCCCCACGGGUCAGCCCGCGUCCGCGGUAGAGAUGACCAAGUGGUUCAACACGAACUAUCACUACAUGGUGCCCGAGUUCACCUCGGCAUCGCAGACGUUCUCCGUGACGUGGCGGCAGCUUUUUGACGAGGUGCGCGAGGCCGCUGCCGUGUAUGGGGCACAGCGUGUGAAGCCGGUGCUGCUUGGCCCCGUCUCCUACCUUCAUCUGGGAAAGGUGAAGGGCGACGAGAAGUUCGACCGCAUCGCGCUCCUGCCGAACCUCGUGAAGGCGUAUGCGUCCAUCCUGGAGGAGCUGGCGAGCAUUGGAGUGGAGUGGGUCCAGAUCGACGAGCCCGCGCUGGUGCUCGACCUGGAGGAGCCGUGGCAGCGUGCGUACAGCGCCGCCUACACGCAACUGCGCGCCGCCGCCGCUGCGUCGCCGAAGCUGCUGCUCACCACUUACUUCGACAGCGUGCGUCAUCACCUCGACGUGAUCGCGCAACUCCCGGUGGACGGCCUCCACGUCGACCUGGUCAACGGCGACGACAGCGUGGCCACCGUCGAGCAGGCUCUGCCGAAGAGCUGGGUGCUGUCCGCCGGCGUGAUUAGUGGCCGCAACGUGUGGAGGACCGACCUGUCCGCGUGGUACCCCCCGCUGCGGGAGGUCGUAGGCAAGCACCGCCAGCUGUGGGUUGCUACCUCCUGCUCGCUGCUGCACUGCCCCGUUGACCUCGAGCACGAAACGCUUCUCGACGCAGAGCUGAAGAGCUGGUUGGCGUUUGCGCUGCAGAAGUGCGACGAGCUCCACUUGCUGGCGCGCGCGCUGAACGACGACGGCGAGGCGACGCAGCAGGCCGUGGCGGCGUACAGCGAGCCCGUGUUGGCGCGGCAGAAGUCGGACCGCGUCGUGCGCGCCGAUGUCCGCGCGCGUGUGCAGCGGCUGACGGCGGCCGACAGCGCCCGCUCCGAGCCUUUUCCCGCACGUCGGGAGAAGCAGCGGGAGCGCUUCAACCUGCCGCUGUGGCCCACCACCACCAUCGGCUCCUUCCCGCAGACGCCGUCGAUCCGCACGCAGCGCCAGAGCUUCCGCAAAGGGCUGACGGACGAGGCAACGUACAACGAGCAGCUCCGCGAGCACAUCGCGUUUGCGGUGCGGGAGCAGGAGCGCCUUGAUCUGGACGUCCUCGUGCACGGUGAGGCGGAGCGGUCGGACAUGGUGGAAUACUUCGGCGAGCUGCUGGACGGCUUCGCCUUCACGCAGAACGGGUGGGUGCAGAGCUACGGCUCCCGCUGCGUGAAGCCGCCGAUCAUCUAUGGCGACGUCAGCCGACCGCGUGCGAUGACCGUGUCGUGGAGCGCGUACGCGCAGAGUCUGACGAAGCGCCCCAUGAAGGGCAUGCUCACAGGCCCCGUCACCAUCCUGUGCUGGUCGUUCCCCCGCGAGGACGUGACACGCGAGCACAUCUCGCAGCAGCUGGCGCUUGCCUUGCGUGAUGAGGUGGCGGAUCUCGAGGCGGCGGGCAUCCCCAUGAUCCAAGUCGACGAGCCCGCCCUGCGAGAGGGCAUGCCGCUGCAGAAGCACAAGUGGGCCGAGUACCUGGACUGGGCUGCUCGUGUGUUCCGCAUUGCAGUCUCCGUCGCCAAACCGGCGACGCAGGUGCACACGCACAUGUGCUACGCCGAGGUGAACGACAUCAUGUCCACCAUUGUCGCGAUGGACGCCGACGUGAUCUCGCUCGAGGCCUCGCGCUCCGGCAUGGAGCUGCUGGACGCCUUCGAGCACUUCACCUACCCGAACGAGAUCGGCCCGGGUGUGUACGACAUCCACUCCCCAAACAUUCCUUCCGUGGAGUCCAUUGUGGCACUGCUGCGCAGCGCGGCGACCCGUGUUCCGGUGGAUCAGCUCUGGGUGAACCCGGACUGCGGGCUCAAGACGCGCACGUGGAAGGAGGUGAGCGAGGCGCUGACGAACAUGGUCGCCGCGGCCAAGGAGCUGCGCGCCAACAAGUAA